ACAGUGGAACAAAUACUAUUAAGUAGUAUUGUGUGAAGUGUAAACGCAACUGGACAGAAGUUCCGUUCCGCUAAAUUACGUGCUCUCACACACACAUACACUUACUGAACAUUGUGAACGUCGCAAAUUAUAAAGAGCGCGAUUUGUGUCAGUGCAGAUUAACGAGUUUUUAUUUUGUUUUUUACUUAGUUAAUAACAAUUCAACAUGAUUUGCUAGUUCCUUUGUCUAAACAAACAACUCCAACUUUUGCUGAUACUAAAUAUAUUUAAAAAAGUGAAGCCAAUAAGAUGAGCGCAUCAGCCGAUCGAGAGCCUUUGGUAAACGAGGAGGAGCAAGAUGAGGAACAAGUGCCACGCCUACUAGAUGCUGCCGAGUCACGCUCAGAUAUAGAAGCACCUGCCUUGCCCGUAUCCAAUGAAGACGGCAGCUCUACCAAAUGGUUUAUACUAGAGCCCGCUGUAUUCUUGAUUUUUGUGGGUCGCAGCUUGAUUGGGGCGGUGCUGCAGAAUCAAAUACUGUACCAAACCUGCGUUACGAUCAUGCACUACAACGAAACCCAAUGUGAACCGUUGCUGGGCGUCGAUCGCGGCUCGGAGGAAACAAAAAAGUUGGAAACCGAAGUGCAGGGCUACUCAGCGGACAUAACAAUGGCCAUAUCGCUAUUGGAGAGCAUAAUGCCUGCGUUUGUCAGCCUCUUCAUUGGACCCUGGUCGGAUAAGUUUGGUAGAAGGCCAAUACUGCUAACGGUGUUUACGGGCUACGUAGUAGGCGGGAGCAUCUUGAUGGCCAUAUCGGAGGUAACAAUGUUCCGCAACAUUAGUCCCUGGUGGUUCCUGCUGGGCUCGGUUCCGUCCGUUCUGAGCGGCGGCACUUGCGCCCUAAUCACGGGCAUUUACUGCUACAUCUCCGACGUGGCCAAGGAGCAAAAACGCGCACUGCGAAUGGUGCUGAAUGAGGCAUCGCUGUGCGCCGGCUUGAUGGUCGGCAAUGUGGCCAGUGGCUACAUUUAUGCCGCCACCAAUUCGGUAACGCUGUUUGGCAUUGCGGCCGGCUUGAUGUUUCUGGCGCUGGUCUAUGUGUACUUGUUGGUGCCGGAGAGCUUGCCCGCUGAGGAUAUACAUCAGGGCUCAAAACUGCGUGAAUUCUUUCGCUUUGGCCUGGUCAAAGAUCUGGUCAGAACGAGCGUAUUGCGACGUGACAACUUCGAUCGCGCCUUCAUCUGGCUAACUAUGAUUGCGCUGACCAUAACCAUCUUCAAUAUGGAGGGCGAGAAUACGGUGAAUAUCAUGUUCAUGCGCGAGCAGUUCGACUGGACCAUCAAGGACAUCAGCCAAUUCAACGCGGCACGCAUUGUCAUACAACUCUUUGGCAGCGUGGCUGGCAUGAUACUGCUGCGACGCGUCCUUAAGGUCUCCAUCAUCAGCGUGGCCAUGCUCUCGCUGGCUGCCUGCGUGCUGGAGAGCACAGUGCGUGCCACAGCGAAGUAUUCGUGGGAAAUGUACUUGGGCAUGACGCUCGGCAUGAUGCGCGGUGUUCUGGGACCCAUGUGCCGGGCCAUACUAUCGCAUGUGGCUCCAGCCACGGAUGUGGGCAAAAUCUUCGCUUUGACCACAUCCAUGGAAAUGGUCUCGCCGCUGGCUGCUGCGCCGCUUUAUACAUCCGUCUAUAAGGCCACUGUGGGCUUCUAUCCCGGCGCCUUUAACUUCAUAAGCGUCGGCCUUUUCUUCCUCUGCUACAUUCUAAUGGCCAUCAUCUUUGGCAUUCAGAAGUCGAUGAACAACUCAAGCGUCUAUAAGGUCAUAGGCAGCUAACCGUGCGUUACCUCAAGCCCGGCUUAGGUCAAUUACCAAUACCUUAACGAAAAUGCAAUUUACCUUUUUUGUGAUGUCUAGACAGAAUUCUUUUAUAUACCUAAUGUUAACCGUAGAUAGUCCGAUUUUAUAUCACAAUGUCAAGUAUUAGAUAUUUUUCUUUUUGUAAAUGUGAUUGUGAACGUAACUGUAAUUUCAUUCAAUUAACGUAACUGCCCAUAGGAACUGAACUGUAUAUAAGUGGCGAUAUCUCGUAACUAUCAGCGUAUACAAAGUUGUAAAAUACAAACAGAGGGAGAGGUCAAGCAAAUUGUAUUAUAAAAACUAAAUCAAAUUAAAACGCUUGUAAAAAGUAGGCCAAAUCUAAA